CCUUUGUGCAACUUGUGUUCUGUCUCUCACACAAAGUGACGUUUUUUUUUUCUUUUUUUUUUCUUUCAAUUCCAAAGUUCCAAUUUUUCUCAUUUUUUUUCUAUUCUUAAAUCCUAUCCUCACCACCCCACAAACACAACACCCCCUUUAUUUCUUUCUCUCAAUCUUUUCUUAAUCUUUUUGAGUGGCCGCAAAACCUCACGUUUUUUUGGCUACCUCAAUUUUUAUUAUUACCUUUUUUUUUUCUUUCAUUCUCUUUUUUGAUAAUAAUCAUUUUGGGGUUUAGGGUUUUGAUCCUCACGCCUCUUGAUUAAGGUUAUUUCUGAUUUUCGAAUAAUUCUCCAUGUCAAAGAGGGUACUUUGUAAGUUCUUUGCUCAUGGAGCGUGUCUGAAAGGGGAGCAUUGCGAAUUUUCUCAUGACUGGAAAGCCCCUCCGAAUAAUAUAUGCACAUUUUAUCAGAAAGGAGUUUGUGCUUAUGGUAGUCGCUGCAGGUAUGAUCAUGUCAAAGCUUCUCGAGCACAGUCCUCUACUCCAUCUUCCUCAAUAAUCGAAAACCAGCUCGCUGUGUCAGAAUCUGUUUUACUCGGUAAUACCAGAAUUACAUCGGACAAUGUUGCUACAGCUGCAGAAUUUUCUCUUUUCAACAGUCCUUAUGUUCUUCCUAGUGAACCCGUCUGGAAUCAAGAAUCUGCGAAUCAUGACUUCUUAAGGGAGGAUGAUGUUGGUCAAUCUGUAAUCACUUCACCUUCCGAGCUUCCAAUUUGUUCAUUUGCUGCUGCUGGAAACUGUCCACGAGGGGAACAAUGUCCUCAUGUACAUGGAGAUUUAUGCCCCUCAUGUGGAAGACAUUGCUUGCAUCCUUUCCGGCCUGAAGAAAGAGAAGAACAUAUGAAGAGUUGCGAAAAUAAGCAAAAACAUCUUGAGGCAUUGAAAAAAAGUCAGGAAGUUGAAUGCUGUGUUUGCCUGGAACGCGUUCUUUCAAAGCCUACAGCAGCUGAACGAAAGUUUGGUCUGCUAUCUGAAUGCGAUCACCCCUUCUGCAUAUCCUGUAUUAGAAAUUGGCGGAGUAGUAACCCAACAUUAGGGAUGGACGUGAAUAGCACACUGCGGGCCUGUCCUAUCUGUCGCAAGCUAUCUUACUUUGUCGUUCCAAGUGUUAUUUGGUAUGCUACAAGUGAAGAAAAACAGGAAAUCGUGGAUACCUACAAGGCAAAGCUCAAGUCAAUCGACUGCAAGCAUUUUGAGUUUGGGGAUGGAAACUGCCCUUUUGGAACUAGCUGCUUCUACAAGCAUGCAUAUCGAGAUGGCCGUCUUGAGGAGGUAGCUUUGCGACAUCUUGGGGCUGCAGAUGGUGACACAAUAAUUGCCAAAGACAUCAGGUUGUCGGAUUUCCUUGCUACCAUGCGUUUAAGUUGAAAGUUCAUGGUCACUUUUUGUCAUGAUACUUGCAUAAAAAUGGAAUGCUUCAAUAUGAAAAGUUAUAUUUAUAUUGCAGGUUAAGAUCUUCAUCUUGUUUCUAUGUUUGGAAGGUACCAGAGAGAAAAAGCUGCAGUGUGCAUUCCAUAGUUGUAAUAAAAAUGCAUAUUUGUAAAAUGGUAGAUGGACAUACAUAUAUGCUUUUUUUGUACAAGGGAAUAAUUUCCAAUAAGCUCUAAUUUUUAAAGCAUACAAAAAUGAAUUGGUUAAUGAUUGGUAUAACAAAACUAGAUUGUUGUGCACCAUUUUAUACAUUGCAAGGAUAUUGAAAAACCUUUACUUUUUGUGUGGUGGA